GCAACGCCCCCGCCUGUCCAGAUCGCACACCCUGGCCCAGAAGGCCCUGCCACAACCAACCCUGCACUUCAGGACCCGAGUCUGCGGUGCCCGUCAGCCUGCAGCAUGAGCGCCCCCGCCGCGACCCCCAUCUUCGUGCCUGGCGAGAACUGCGGGCCAGCGUGGCUGGCAGCGCCCGCGUCCUACGACGCGUCAGACACGCAUCUGCAGAUCUUGGGCAAGCCCGUGAUGGAACGCUGGGAGACCCCCUACAUGCACGCGCUGGCGGCCGCCGCCUCCUCCAGAGGGGGCCGGGUCCUGGAGGUGGGCUUCGGCAUGGCCAUCGCAGCCAGCAAGGUGCAGGAAGCCGCCAUCGACGAGCACUGGAUCAUUGAGUGCAAUGACGGUGUCUUCCAGCGGCUCCAGGACUGGGCUCAGAAGCAACCACACAAGGUGAUUCCUUUGAAAGGCCUGUGGGAAGAGGUGGCACCCACCCUGCCAGAUGGUCACUUUGAUGGGAUCCUGUACGACACUUACCCACUGUCCGAGGAAACCUGGCACACGCACCAGUUCAACUUCAUCAGGGCCCACGCUUUUCGCCUGCUAAAGCCGGGGGGUGUCCUCACCUACUGCAACCUUACCUCCUGGGGGGAGCUGAUGAAGUCCAAGUACUCCAACAUCACUACUAUGUUUGAGGAGACGCAGGUGCCAGCGCUGCUGGAGGCGGGCUUCCGGCGGGAGAACAUCCACACGCAGGUGAUGGAACUGGUCCCACCUGCCGACUGCCGCUACUAUGCCUUCCCACAGAUGAUCACACCCCUGGUCACCAAGCAUUAAGUCUGGUGGCCACAGGAUCAGCCACCCAUGUCCCUCGUUCUCCUAGUGCCUUCAUGGCCAGGAGCUCAGUCUCCGGCCUCAGCCCAGGCUCUAGUUGAGGCCGCACCAGUUGAGUGACACUGGCCACCUUCCCUAAUCUCCAAGGGGACCAGCAGCAGCCUUCUUCUGGGGUCGGGGGGAUAAAAUAAAUGCCGACACUGGGCCAGCCAAUCAGUGGCGCAACACAGAA